GAAGACGAAGAGAAGAAAGAGAGGGGGGGAGAGAAGAAGAAGAGGAAGAGGAAGAGGAAGGAGAAGGAGAAAGAGAAGCUCAAACCCUAGCUCUUCCGAAACCCCAACCACCUUGGCCGCGUUCUCGAUUCUCCGGCGACUUAUCCGGCCACCGGAGUCCAUUCAAAGGUCCCUCAUCUCCUCCAUCGCGUCGUCCUCGCCGGGAUCUUCGAUUCGAGCUCAGAUGCGUGGGUUGUGGUUAGGGUUAGGGCUUUUGCGGGUGGUAUUGGUGUAAUGGGGUCGACAAUGGGAGCUGAAUAGUAUAUUCGGGAUACUCUUGCAUCCGAGGCUUCUUACCACGGGGGAAAAGGGGGUCCUUUUUUGGGGAGGCGCCUUUUUUGAAGUGCAUUGCUGGGAAUCUCUAAAGGAUCUCGGCGUGCGCCUUAUAAAAGCGAAGGGGAUUGGGAAAGGAGAAGGAGAGAGAGAGGAGGUUGGAGGAGGAGGGAAGCUUCGGAACGGCUCCAAUGAAGGCUCCGGCAGCGAAUGGUCUUGCUCCGAACGGAGUGGAAGGAGAGAGAAAAAACAUGAACUCAGAGUUAUGGCAUGCUUGUGCUGGACCGCUUGUUUCGAUGCCACCGGUUGGCAGCCUGGUGGUCUACUUUCCUCAAGGCCAUAGUGAGCAGGUAGCAGCCUCAAUGCAUAAGGAGAUGGAUAGUACUCCAAGUUAUCCCUCACUGCCAUCUAAGCUAAUCUGCAUGCUUCAUGAUGUAACCUUGCAUGCUGAUUCGGAAACUGAUGAAGUUUAUGCUCAGAUGACUCUUCAGCCUGUUAAUAAAUAUGAUAGGGAAGCAAUGCUGGCAUCUGAAAUGGGCCUCAAACAAAACAAGCAACCGACCGAGUUUUUCUGUAAAACACUUACAGCGAGUGAUACGAGCACUCAUGGUGGAUUUUCAGUACCCCGUCGUGCAGCUGAAAAGAUAUUUCCACCAUUAGACUUUACAAUGCAACCGCCAGCUCAAGAAUUGGUUGCCAAGGAUUUGCAUGAUGUUUCAUGGACGUUUCGACAUAUCUAUCGAGGUCAACCAAAGAGACAUCUUCUCACUACAGGUUGGAGUGUGUUUGUUAGCACAAAACGGCUUUUGGCUGGUGACUCUGUUCUCUUUAUUAGAGACGAGAAGUCACAGCUACUGUUAGGUAUAAGGCGUGCCAAUAGACAACAGCCUGCACUAUCUUCUUCAGUCUUAUCAAGUGAUAGCAUGCAUAUUGGGAUCCUUGCUGCUGCAGCACAUGCAGCUGCAAAUAACAGUCCUUUUACUAUAUUCUAUAAUCCAAGGGCGAGCCCUUCAGAAUUUGUCAUCCCGUUAGCCAAAUAUAAUAAGGCCCUGUACACACAGGUGUCUCUUGGCAUGCGAUUUAGGAUGUUAUUCGAGACUGAGGAUUCAGGGGUCCGUAGAUAUAUGGGCACAAUCACGGGAAUAAGUGAUUUAGAUCCGGUGCGGUGGAAGAAUUCACAAUGGCGUAACCUUCAGGUUGGGUGGGAUGAAUCAACAGCGACUGAGCGGCGGACCCGCGUAUCUAUAUGGGAGAUAGAACCUGUUGCAACUCCUUUUUAUAUUUGCUCGCCACCAUUUUUUAGGCCCAAGUUUCCUCAUCAACCAGGGAUACAAGAUGAUGGGGCUGAAGUGGAGAAUGCUUUUAGAAGAGUUAUGCCGUGGCUUGCGGAUGAUUUUGGCUUGAAAGAUCCGAACCCAAUCUUUCCCGGCCUAAGUCUAGUCCAAUGGAUGGCCAUGCAACAAAACUCCCAGCUAGUCCCAUCAGCUACUCAGACACCGUACUUGCCAUCCGUAACUGCAUCGGCUUUGCCAAAUCCUCUCCCCACUGAUGAUCCAACCAAAAUGCUAAAUUUCAAUACGUCCUCCUUAGCUUUGCCCAAUUUACAGUUUGGUCCAAAAUUAAAUCCUCAAACAGAAUCUCAGCAACAGACUCAACCUCUGCAGCAAACUUCUCUUCCUCUACAGGCACCGCCAGUGCAACAUAGCUCUAGCCAAUUAAACCAACAAGAGAAACAACAGAAACAGGAGCAGAUUCAGCCGAUACAAUCGCCACAGAAGCAAUUACUAAAGCCUUUGGGUGGCCAAAUUUCACCUCAAGCUCAGCUAUUGAACCAAAUGUCACAGCCGCCAUCGUCUCUUUUGCCACAGCAAGGGUUAAACCCACAAAGCACUCACCUCCAAGGAGGCUUCCCUCUACCCAAUAUUAGCUCUCUUCAACCUAAUGUUAUCCCUCUUCAACAAUCACCUUUAACUCAAAUUCAGUCUCAACAGCCAAUGGACUAUCAGCAAGCUCUAUUACAGAAGCAGCAGGAGCAGCUUCAGCAGCUGCAGCUACUGCAAAAGCUUCAGCAGCAACAAGUGCUUUCUCAGCUGGGCCCACAGCUACAGUCUCAGUUGCUGCAGCAGUUAACUCAGCAGAACCAGCAGUUUCAGCCGCAGCAGCUUUUGCAACAGCCGUUGAGUAGCACUGAUAUUGUACAAACCCAACUUAAGCAACAGCACCAAGCGUCUUUGAGCAAUAUCAUGAAUUUGCCUAAUCCUCAACUACCUGUUGUUAGGAAUCAACCUAAUCUAUAUGAGAAUAGUGCCCCAUCUUGCUCCAUCCCGCCUUCCACUAACUGUAACAUUUCUCCUUCGAACUUGCUGAGUAGAACCCAGCAAGGGCCUGCGGAGAAUUCUCUUCAAGAGAUUCAGAGUAAGCCAGGUGCUCGAGUUAAGCAUGGGAUGAUGCAUGGAAAGGAAAAAAUCAUGCAGAUGCCAAAUAGGAAUUCUAUUGCCGAUCAGUUAGAUGCUUCUUCAACAACUUCAUUCUGCAUGGAUGGUAGCCAACAUGACUUCUCGCUUCCCCCUCUCCCUAUGGAGGGUGAUAUUCAAGUGGAUAAUAGAGAUAACCUACUUAAUGGGGCAAAUAUGAAUGGGUUCAUGUCCAGUAACCUGAUGUCACGAGGGGUGGGGUCAGGAAAGGAUAUUCAGAAUUUGCAACCUGGAUAUGGGAAUCAAAGAGAGGUUGAGACGGAGGUUUCCACUGCAGACAUGAGUGCACAGUCAUUCGGCAUGGGAGGCAUGUCUUUUAAGUCUGGAUUCUCAGGUGAUGCUGCCGUUGCUGAGGCUGGAAUGUCUAACAGGGGUUUGUGGAGUAAUCAACCACAGCCACAGCGCAUGAGAACGUACACUAAGGUUCAAAAGCGCGGUUCAGUAGGAAGGUCAAUCGACAUGACCCGUUACAGAGGAUACGAUGAGCUCCGACAUGAUCUAGCGUGUAUGUUUGGAAUUCAAGGUCAACUAGAAGAUCCAUACAGGACCGAGUGGAAACUGGUGUACAUGGAUCACGAGAAUGACAUCCUUCUUGUCGGUGACGACCCUUGGGAGGAGUUUGUGACUUGUGUACAAAGCAUCAGGAUUUUAUCAUCUGCAGAAGUGCAGCAGAUGAGUUUGGAUGGCGAGUUGGCCAACAUCCCACCGCAAGCCCAAGCAUGUAGCGGGACGGAUAAUGGGAAUAUGUGGUACGAUGAUACCUCGACCGGGUCUUUUCAUCGAUGAUCGCGAAGUAAAUACGAGUAAUAAGAUGGUAACAAUUUGAAAGGCUCUGCACAGAGAGAUAAAAGAGUUGGGUGCAUAUGAAUUUAAGGGGAUUAGACUAGACUACGAGCAAUCUACAUGCUUUUAUAGUGGAAUGAGCAAGCAGACUGCAGGUUUUCUUGUGGGGAAUGGGAAAUCUUCGCAUCUGUAGCUAAAGCAACUUUGAUGUUGGUUUGUGAGCUAGUUUUUUUUUUUUAUCUCUUUUUCCUCUUUUUAAUUGUGAAUGUCCCAUAGCAGAAAUUCCUAUCUGUUGUAAUUUUACCAUACGUUACUGUACAUAUAAAGUGGAGCUUAUUUUUCUAUCUCUGGUGGUUUUUAACAGUAACACGCAAUAAACUAGCUCUUGUUUA